AUGGACGCAGAGCUCACAUCACAACUGACGACCAAAGACUGCACCAGCAACGCAAUGUACAAGCUGCUCCUCCUCGCCGCACUAUUGGCCUGCGCCGCCGCCGCUCCSCGUCCAGGAGAUGAGGCUCAGAUUACCCGAUUCGACAUACAGGCCGACACGGAUGGUUCCUUCAGCCAUACCGCUGAGACGAGCGAUGGCACGGUAUUCUCGGAGCAAGGCGUCGGCUCACAGUAUGCAAAGGGAUAUUUUGCUUGGGUGUCACCCGAAGGUGUUCCAGUUCAGGUGAGCUAUGUGGCCGAUGAAAAUGGCUACCAGCCCCAGUCAGAUCUGCUGCCCACUCCACCUCCCAUCCCCGACUACAUUCUGAGGUCGAUUCAAUACAUCCAGCAGCAUCCCACGCCCGAAGAGUUGGCCGAUCGGGAAGUGCGCGCACGCCAAUUAUAAGCAAGUCGUCAAUUAGAGCUCGACUUUGCCCCUACCACAUAAGUCUAAGAUGUACAA